AUGGAUACUGCUCAACAUCAACCAAGGCGACGCUAUUUAGGUGGCGUCCUCGCUCUCAUAGCUGUGGUCUUUAUAUGGGUUGCAUCGUCCUUCGCCAUGAAUAGUAUAUUUGGAGAACAAGAAUACAAUAAGCCAUUUCUUGUGACCUAUCUUAAUACGGCUACAUUUUCAUUCUAUCUUUUAUCUCUGUUUUCUGUCAACAAAAAGAGUCUAUCGGGAGAGUAUACAAAGAUAAAUACACAAUCCUCCCAACCCAACACAACAGUGACCGAUCUGUCGGCCAAUGAGAGUCAACUUUCAUGUCAUCAUAAGCUUAGUACAACCGAAACCGUCAAAUUAAGUUUUGCCUUCUGUAUUUUGUGGUUCUUCGCCAAUUACACUACGAAUGCAAGUCUCGCCUACACCAGCGUCGCCAGCAGCACUAUCCUUGCCUCCAUGUCAGGCUUGUUUACCUUGGGAAUUGGAGCUAUUUUCAAGGUAGAAAAGUUGAACACCGUCAAAGUGUUAUCAGUCGUUAUAAGUUUUGCAGGUGUCAUCCUUGUUUCCUAUUCGGAUCAAUUGCGAAAAGUCCCUUUCGAUGGCGACACCGCAGCCACGGCCGCCACCAAUGCCCCUGCCCCUUUAAUUGGUGAUAUUUUAGCAUUAUUGGGCGCCAUCUUUUAUGGAUGUUACACAACAAUGCUGAAGCUCAAAAUUGGAGAUGAAGAUCGGAUCAACAUGCCCUUGUUCUUUGGAUUCGUGGGUCUCUUUAAUCUUCUUCUACUUUGGCCAGCAUUUCCAUUGCUCGAUUGGUUAGGUAUUGAAACAUUUCAAUUACCUUACAGUCCCACCUUGUGGGCCAUGGUCCUUUUGAACGCUUUCAUUGGUACCUUUUUAUCGGACUAUUUGUGGUUACUGGCGAUGCUCAUGACCUCGCCUUUGGUGGUCACUCUGGGAAUAUCCCUCACGAUCCCUCUUGCAUUACUUGGCGAUGUUGUUUUCAAAGGCUUCAUUCCCAGCUUUCAAUAUGCUGCGGGAGCGAUUUUGGUGGUAGCCGGUUUUUUUGCUGUCAAUGUCAGUACAUUGAAAGAAGUGCCUGAAGUGCAGACACCGGAGACCGAAGUACUUGUGGAUGCCGAUGCACACCAUGGAUACCAGACCAUGUCUCCUGCUUCUGCAUAG